GGCCAUCCGCGCAGCAGCGAGUCGCUCACUCCGGAACUCGGCGAAGGAAGACGGCGUCGGACAGCGGCUUUCUGCUGUGGGGCAAAUUAUUUCUUUUCACCGCGACUUUCCGCUUUUGUGGCUGAGCUACACGGAACAGCAUGGGUACCAAACGUUUCGAGUACAAUGACUAGCUUCCCGCACUGUAGCCAUAAACUGAGGGUUGCUAUGGUACUGCCAGGCAACAUCCCACCUGCUGCUGCCGCGACUUGUCUGUGCAAUAUCCAGGACCAGAAGGCUUGAGCAAACGCAAAAUGGUGAUUACCAGCGUGGCAUCCCUCGCAAAGACAUCACUGGCCGUCGACGCAGAGUACAGAUGUUUGCAGUGAAGAGGAGCAGACUGGCGAGGACGUAGUAACAGGUGAUACGUGCCAGCGUGGAUUUGGGGGCGUCGAAGAGAGCUGAAGAUCAUGGGUAAAUCCAACAGCAAGCUCAAGCCAGAGGUGGUAGAGGAGUUGACAAGGAAAACCUACUCAGAACCAAGGAAGGCUGUUGUAGCAGGAAAUUGCUGUGGAGGAAGAUUAGACUUCAUGCUGGGCUGGACUGCUUGCUGCUGUCCCUUUCUCUCUCUCGCUCUCUCCCCCUUAAAACACCUUCAGAGACAACAGUACAAAGGUUUCAUCAAAGAUUGCCCGAGUGGGCAGUUGGAUGCUGUGGGUUUUCAGAAGAUAUACAAGCAGUUUUUCCCUUUUGGAGAUCCCACAAAGUUUGCCUCCUUUGUCUUCAAUGUUUUUGAUGAAAAUAAGGAUGGACGCAUCGAGUUCUCCGAGUUCAUCCAGGCCUUGUCAGUGACUUCCCGGGGGACUCUAGAUGAAAAGCUGCGAUGGGCUUUUAAAUUAUAUGAUCUCGACAAUGAUGGCUACAUAACCCGAGACGAGAUGUUGAACAUUGUAGAUGCCAUAUAUCAGAUGGUGGGGAACACUGUGGAGUUGCCUGAGGAAGAAAACACACCAGAGAAGCGUGUGGACCGCAUUUUUGCAAUGAUGGAUAAGAAUGCAGACGGGAAGCUGACUCUGCAGGAGUUUCAGGAAGGAUCAAAGGCAGAUCCCUCAAUUGUUCAGGCAUUGUCACUCUAUGAUGGACUUGUGUAGGAAUGUAAGAACAAAGAAUACAGAAAGGAACUUCAGUCUGCGGGUUGAAACCAAAGUGAAGAAGCCACUUUCUGCUCUUGAGUUUGUUCUUAUGAAUUAUUCAUCUGGCUCAUUUGUUUACUGGCAAUCAAAUAUUCUUGCAGCGCUGAACGAAGAGCGAGACGGGACCUCCUCUCACUGGCUAAUGUAAUGCACUGGCUGCUGCCAAUUGUUGCUGACAUCCUGCUCAGCGUUUUGUCAACUGUGAAGUGAGCUUGUGAAGACUUUUUUUUUUUUUGUAGUAACACAGCAGCUCUGUUAGUGAUUACCCAGCAUGCUCUGAACACAACCAGGUAUCAUAACUCAACUGCUCCACUCACAUCCCUCUUACACCUCAGAUGGAUCCCACUCAGCUUCCCCCCACUGUCCGUUACACACCAGUGCAGCACCAUCACACUAAUAAUGGGAGGAAGCCACAUUUUAACUCGAUCACCCAGAAGCAGAUUGCAAACUUUUCUACUCCCAAGUAUCUGCCCAUCUGCGUUUCCAAUAGCGGACUGUGAACAAAUAUAUCGUCUGAUGUGAUAGCGAAUCCAAACCUGUCUGCAAAACCCUCCGUCGUUUGUGCGUGCUUCUGCAGCUACGCAGCAUCGCAUCACACCCUUGAGUAACUGUGGACUUUGGAGUAUUGUGUAGUGCGAGGUACUGAAUUCCUGUGGAGAUGUUCGUGUGCAUCUUGUUCACAUGCUGUAAAGCGGCAGAUGCAAAGUGAACUGCUCACUCAGAGGAACUGUGCUGCUGCUUCAUCACCACACAGAGAGACUCUAAACCACAGGAGAAUCUGUCGGGGGGGGAAGAAAGUGUUACUUUUGUGAUAAUGUGAACACUAACUUAAAGACACAAAGCAGUAUAGUGUGUAUUAUAUAAUGUAAAUAUAAUGGUAAUUUAUUUU